CCUCCGCCGAGGAGUGAUGCCAAUAUAUUGGAGCGAGCCAAUAUAGUGAAACAUAACCACUUUCCAGAAGUUCUCUGUGUUUUUAGAGCGAUGACAAAUUGGCCCACGUGACUUAUCCUAGUGUGAAAGAGAAGAUAAACAACAUUCUCGGCUCAGAAAUGUUCCUAUCAGAACAAUACGGCGACAAUGUUAACAACACUUCAAACAAUGGCGGAGCUAAAUAUUCAGGAAAAGCUGGUAAAUCUUUUAAAUCAAGGUAAUAUUCAGCUCAGGAAUCCACCUUACACAACAGAGGACAGCGAGGCAGGACAGCAAUCUCUUCAGGAGCUUGCAGUGAACUAUGCCCCCAUUGUGUGCAUCUCUGUGUCUGAAGUGGCCAGUGCCUUGGAGAGCCUCCGAUCCCAGGCAGUAAAGAGUGGAAUGGGGAACAAGACCUACGGAGAGACAUGUGUGGAACUCUUUCUGCCUAAAGACUUGAAAAAGUAUACCAAGAAGAAUAACUAUUUGGAGACAAAACUGGAUGUCCUUGCUCAAGAUAUCAUGGAUAGGAUUACUGAACAAUAUGGACUUAAAUACAUCCAGUUAAUUUUUAAAGGGAAGACACUGACUCCUGAGAAGCGUCUGGAUGAACAGAAUGUGAAGAACAAAAGUAAGAUGAUGGUUCUGCGGGUGAGCGUGCCAGAGAGCAAGAAACAGAUGUUGGAGGUGGAGGAGGAGAAGAAAACGCAUGACCAGAGUGUCCAGAGAACCCAGAGGGGCUUCCAGAUCCUAUCAGAGAGAGAUGGCACCGAUGAUCCAGCCACGACUCCAUUCCUAGAGAUUGCUGAUCAGAAGGGGAACCCCCUGAAAAUACCUCACAGUAAAAAAAAGGCUCUGAUUUUAGCCAUGGGGUUCCAUGAGAAAGGCCGUGCUCUGAUGAAGAGGAAACAGUAUGAAACUGCUCUGGGCCACCUGGUGCAAGCUGACGACCAGUUUGUUAAGUGUGGCUCCAAGCUCUUGAACACAGUGGACAACUAUGCAGUACUGCAGCUGGACAUCGUGUGGUGCUACCGAGCCUUGGAGGCCCUGUCCUAUCUGGAUGAUGGCAAGCGGAGGCUGCAGAUUGCCGAGGACUGCUUCCACAAUUGCUACGGAGACCAGCAUCAGAGGCUCAUGAAGAUCAAGGGAAACACCAGAGGAGAGGAGGUGCUGUUCCUCAGGCUGUACCUCCUGCAGAGCAUACUGGCGCACAUGGUUGGUAACGAGCGCCAGGCCACACAGAAGCUUAAGCAGGCUGAGGAUCUCUAUGAGCGUCUGUGUGUGGACCCAGGGGAGAUAAAAGUGCUGAAGGAUCUGGGGUUCUCUGAACAGGAAGCCCGUCUGGGUCUGAGGGCCUGCCAUGGCAACGUAGGCGAGGCCACGCUGCACAUCACCCAUAGGAGACAGGAGAGGGAGGAGAUGAAACAGAAGGAGAGUGAGAAGAGGAGGAUGUGUGUGGAGGGACUGGCUACCCUCAGAGCGCUGGGUUACUCCAAGAAAGAUGCUGCCUGGGCCCUCCUUCAGACAGACGGAGACAUGGACGGAGCCUACAGGAUGCUUCUAGAUUCUGCUGCUAGAACCAACAACGCAGAGCUCCCCAUAAGUCAAUCAAAGGUUGAGCAGCUGACAUACCCAGGUUUUGACAACCAGGUGGUCCUGCCCCCAGAACUGCUGUCCCCCUCUCCCGCCUCCUCACUGUCCGAGGAGCCCAGCACCACCUACGAGUCCGCAGGUUCUGGGAACCAAGGGGAGGCCCCUAUGGACGUCGACCUGGUGAAUGAGGUGCUGGAGGACAUCCCUAUACACGAAGAGGACUACCUGGACCUGACCCUGGAGGAGGAGAGCGAGGUCAUAGACAAGAUGAAGUCCUACCUCUACAAGAACUGUGCCUCCUCCAGCUAAAGUACUGUCCAGCCAGCAGCCAUUUUGAAAGCACUUCCACCACCACCUAUUCCAAGGGUGUUUGAUUUGAGUCUUUUUAGGCCCCAAAUUAGGUUUGUUUUUCUCUCCUCCACAAGCAAUAUAUUGAAAAUUGUAUCUUCUGUUUUUGUACUAAAGUGUUAUUAAUUGAGUUUAAUAACACAAACGUUUGAAGCUGGUUGACUAAUUUGUAAGGAAAUAAACUGACAUGGAUUAAAGACAAGAGAAUUUAACAAAUUAAGAUUUAGUAGAUAAACAUUGUUAUUGCUCUAUGCUUAAUAGCUACAGAGGACAAAUUUGAUUAUUUGAAGGUUCAUGUUUGAGAUUUCAACACAGAAUUUAGAAUGUGAGGCCUUGGGGCCUAUAAUUGUAUGGUAAAGGGAUUUUUGGUUGCUUGUGUAAAAGAUUGUUCUACUUUUGUAUAUGCUCUGGUUUAUGUUUGAGAUCCCUUUUUAAUGGAAUUUGAUUAAGUUUUAAUAUUUUUUAUAUUUAAAAAUAUAUAUAUUUUAUGGAGUUUGAUGACUGUACUUAGUUUUUAAUAGGCUAAAUUACACAUUCUGUUAACAUAUCUCCAGUGAGCUUUUCUUGCAAUUUAUAGUCUGACAUUUUGUGAUUUAAAUUAUCAUAUCUAUCACUAAGUAGUGUGGCGGUAGGGAACUAUUUUUUUUUACAAAGUCACUUUACUUAAGUAAACUACGCUGAACCAAAAUAUAAAACGCAACAUGUAAAAUGUUGUUCCCAUGUUUCAUGAGCUGAAAUAAAAAAAAUCCCAAAAAUGUUCAAA